CUCAGGCUUGAGGUUUCAUUAUGUAACAUAAGGAGACCACAGAAAACCUCUAAUGCUGUUUCUUCAUGGUUUCUCCCGAAAACUGUGCUCCUGGCGUUACCAAUUACAGGAAUUCAGUAGUCAUUACCACACGGUGGCGCUAGAUCUGCGUGGCUAUGUAACUGAGACCCAGCUGGAGGGGUACCUAUACCGGCUGUCCCAGCCCGGGGGGCUCAUAGGCCCUCUGAACUACUUGGUCAUUGGUGGUAUAUUUAACACUCUGUACAAGGAUCAGGAUGUCAGUGUGGCCUGCAUGUUAAUUUGGGGUGAGGCAGACAAUAUACUGGUUGAGGGCAUGUCUGGUGGUACACGGCCUUAUGUAAGGGGUCCGGUUGUCAUUCACACUAUUCCCGAAUGUAGCCACUGGGUUCAGCAAGAUCAACCUGAGAAAGUCAACAAACUCAUAUGGGACUUCGUUCUGGAUAAAGACAUAAUAAAACACAAUCAAUGA